UUCGGCAUGCGGCUGGAGAGGAGUGACAAGCCGGCCACGACCACCAAUGAUGGGGUGAUUCAGGUAACAGAAGAGAGCAACAUCUUCCUGAGGUUCUACGGGCUACAGAUUCUUCCUGACACCUCAUCACAGAUCAGAUUCACCGACCAUGAACAUGAGGAAGGUGAUGUUACCAGCAACAAUACUCCUUUUAACAGGACUUGUGCAGACUAUAGCAAAGAUAUUGUUAUCAGGGGUGGCAUGAACGUGAGCCACCUCCGAACCUGGGGGGUUCUGAGUUUGAAAAUCAAACCUCUCCGGAAGAGCGAGCUCCAGAGGGAGUAUGGGCUGUGUGUCCAGGAAAGCCAGGAUGGCAAGUGGUACCUGUUGGGUGAGGAUGACGGGAGGCUGCGGGUGGUGGAGGAGAAGAAGUCCAUGCUUCCUAUGUGGUUCCAGUGCAUCCUCAUCUGCUGCCUGCUGGUACUGUCAGGUAUGUUCAGCGGGCUCAACCUGGGACUCAUGGCCCUGGAUCCUAUGGAGCUCCGGAUAGUCCAGAGCUGCGGUACCGAGAAGGAGAAGAGGUAUGCCAGCAAGAUUGAUCCCAUUCGGAGGAAAGGGAACUAUCUGCUAUGCUCGUUGCUCCUGGGUAAUGUGCUUGUCAACACAACUCUCACUAUCCUUCUGGAUGACUUGAUAGGGUCAGGCCUGGGUGCUGUGGUCGCCUCCACUAUAAGUAUUGUCAUAUUUGGGGAGAUUGUGCCCCAGGCUCUGUGCUCUCGCCACGGGUUGGCUGUAGGAGCCAACACUAUUAUGGUGACCAAGUUCUUCAUGUUGGUCACCUUCCCCCUGUCAUGGCCUAUCAGUAAACUCCUGGACUGUGUCCUGGGCCAGGAGAUUGGUACUGUGUACAACCGGGAGAAGCUAGUGGAGAUGUUGAGGGUGACAGAACCAUACAAUGACCUGGUCAAAGAGGAGCUAAACAUGAUCCAAGGUGCGCUCGAGCUCAGGACCAAAACCGUUCAAGAUGUCAUGACACCGAUCAGUAACUCCUUCAUGAUCCACAGCGACGCUGUGCUAGACUUCAACACCAUGUCAGAGAUCAUGGAGAGCGGGUACACACGCAUACCGGUGUUCGAGCACGAGCGGUCGAACAUUGUGGAUAUCAUGUUUGUCAAGGACCUGGCUUUCGUUGACCCGGAUGACUGUACGACGCUGAAGACUAUCACCAAGUUCUACAACCACACGGUCCACUUCGUGUUCCAUGACACCAAGCUGGAUUCCAUGUUGGAGGAGUUCAAGAAAGGUAAGUCCCACCUGGCCAUUGUUCAGAAGGUGAAUGACGAGGGGGAGGGGGAUCCAUUCUAUGAGGUGCUGGGAUUGGUCACCCUGGAAGACGUCAUCGAGGAGAUCAUCAAAUCAGAGAUCUUGGAUGAGUCUGACCUCUACACUGACAACAGCAGAAACAGGAAAAAGGUGGCACCCAAUAAGAACAAGAGGAACUUCUCUGCCUUCAAACAGAGCGAGAGCGAAUCCAAAGUCAAGAUCUCCCCUCAACUGCUAUUGGCCGCUCACCGCUUCCUGACUACAGAGGUGACGUUGUUCAGCCCGUCCCAGAUCUCAGACAAGGUUCUGUUGAGGAUUCUAAGACACCCAGACGUGAUCCAGGAGAUCAAGUUUAAUGACAGUGACAAACGCUGUCCUCAACACUAUGUCUACCAGAGAGGGAAGGCAGUUGACUACUUCAUACUCAUAUUGCAGGGGCGAGUGGAAGUGGAGGCCGGGAACGAAAACAUGAAGUUUGAGACAGGACCAUUCUCCUUCUACGGUGUCAUGGCCCUCAGUGCUCCCACGUUAGGGUUCCGCUGUCCGUCACACAUCAGUGGUUUGAACAGGACCACAUCUCUGAGCGCUGAAGAUAGUACAGCGUCUCUGUCUGUCAGCGGCAGCAAUAGCCAGCUCAUUACACAGUUCACUAUCCCCACACCAACAUACACUCCCAACUUUUACGUACGAGCUCUCACAGACCUGCAGUUUGUCAAGAUCUCGCAGGCCCAGUACCAGAACGGUGUGAUGUCGUCUCGUCUGGACUCCAUCCCCCAGUCACCUGACUUCGGCCAGCCUCGACUGGAGGGUACCACGUCCCCCGUUUUGACCACCACUCCCGGCAAACUAUCCUCCGACACUCCCAACCCAACUCCCACCCCGGAGACCGCCUCCCUUCUGGCCGACGAGACCACCUCCCUCCUCAAUGAGCAGGACUGUCUGCCCCACAACCUGUCAGAGACCAGCAUAUAACACACACACAGACAAUAUGUGCGUAUACACACAACCAAGGACUGAGGAGACUGUGGGUGGGAGCGAACAUCCAUAUACACACACACACCCUGAUGUUGAACAGCAGGGUCCAGAGAGACAGAGCACCACACACAUUCUGUACAGGUAACUGAAACAGUAAUGGAAACACUUGAGUAAAUGAGAGAUACAGGUGUAGAUCCUGAGUUAAAUAAGCAAUUAAAAUCCCAUCAAGCUUAGGGUCAUGUAUAAAAAUGCUGGGCAGGCCAUUAUUUUGGCUACCAUGGCUAUGCCCCCAUAGGGGGACAAUCCCCCAUCCACAGGGCACGAGUUGUCACUGAAUUAUUUGCUUAGCAUGAAAACAAUGUAAACCAUAUGCCAUGGCCUUCUCAGUCACCAGGUCUCAACCCAAUUGAACACUUCUGGGAAAUUCUGGAGCGGUCCCUGAGACUGCGUUUUCCACCACCAUCAAUGCUAAAUGAUGGGAUUUCUUGUAGAAGAAUGGUCUCACAUCCCACCAACAGAGUUCCAGACACUUGUAGAAUCUAAGCGGUUCUGGCUCGUGGUGGCCAAAUGACCUAUUAAGCCACUUUGUUUGGAUUUCCUUUAUUUUGGCAGUUACGUUUAUGUACAUGUUCAAAAACACACAGACAUACACACAUCCUAACUGGAAAAAAUUAUAGUUGUUUCAACUAAUUAUAAUUAAGAAACUGGUUCCACACUUUUUUUUUGUUUACUCAACUAUUUGAUCAGUGUUACCUGAACUUGAACCAAUCUUGGCUUCAACUUGAGAACUUUCAGUCAACUUAAAAUGUUGUGGAACUAGUUACACACAGACGGUGCUUUCUACAUUCAAUAAUUUCAACGUACACGUUUAACACAAAGUACAUGAUCAUUUCUACAGUAAUUAUUAUUCACCUGGGAUUUGAACUCACAACCACUUGGUUCAAGGCAUACUGAGCUUCCUGCUGCACCACCAUGUCUGUGUCAAUGACAGAUUUUUUUUAUUGCUACACUUUGCACUUCAAAGUAAAUGUCAGAUCUGUCAAAAGUAUAGUCGAAUUAACUGAGAAUUGAUACAGACAUGGUGACAUAGCAGGACGAUUGGCAUGCCGUGAACCAAAAGAUAUGGUGCAUAAUCACUGUAUAAAUGACCACGCAAAGUAAUAAUGUACACUGAGUGUACAAACAUUAGCAACACCUUCCUAAUAUUGAGUUGCACCCCCUUUUGAUCUCAGAAAAGCCUCAAUUUGUCAGGGCAUGGACUCUACAAGGUAUUUGUAUUUAUUAUGAUCCACAUUAGCUGAUGCCAAGGCAAAAUUAAGGCAGUUAUAUCAUUUUGUAUAAAAAUACAUUCAUUACAGAAUUCACAACAUACUAAGUGUGUGCCCUCAGGCCCAUACUCCACUGUCAU